AUGGGGGACUUCGCCGCCGCAGAUCUUUCCGACGCAGCCCUGGGAGGCUCGAUCAGUAUCGAGGAUGGUCGUUUCGUCGACGGCUACGGCCGCGCCCUGAUGUUGCGGGGCUUCAAUGUGUCUGGGGGCUCGAAACUGCCUACCAAGCCCAAUGGUUUAUCUCAUCUCACCGACGGUUUCUACGAGCACAGGACCGUGACCUUCACCGGCCGGCCAUUUCCUCUCGGGGAUGCUCACCUUCAUUUCCGCCGCUUGCAGGCCUGGGGCCUCCCAUUCAUUCGGCUGCUGGUCACAUGGGAAUCGAUCGGGCAUGCGGGCCCAAAUCCGACCACGGACCUAGACCUGGAGUACAUCGCCUAUCUCCGCCAGCUGAUCCAGAUGAUGCCGCAGUAUGGGAUUAAGUGCUUCAUCUGUGCACAUCAGGAUGUAUGGAGUCGCUUCAGCGGCGGCAGCGGCGCACCAGGCUGGACCUUUGAGGCUGCUGGUUUGAACAUCGAGGCCUUUACCGACACUGGUGCCGCUUAUGUGCAUGGUCAGGACGAGCUUCGAAGGGCGCAGGCGCCCGUGAAUGAGAAGGAGCCCAGCGGCCCGUUUGUGUGGCCGUCCGGGUACCAGAAGCUGGCUGCAUCGACCAUGGCUACCCUGUUUUGGGCGGGUGACGCGUUGGCGCCAGAUCUGCGAUGUCGUCGAUCCCCUCUUUCGGGUUCGGGCGAGCCAGAAGAAGUCUCGGUCCAGGAAUUCUUGCAAGGUGCCCUUGUCGAAGCGUUUGGACGACUAGCGGAUGAGGUCGCCGGCCUCGAGGCAUGCGUUGGAUUUGAGCCCAUGAACGAGCCGCAUCGCGGUCUUGUGAACCUGCACGGAUUCCACAACUGGAACUAUGACACAGACCUUCACAUUGGUUACUAUCCAUCUCUGGCACAGGCGCUCGCGCUUGGGAGUGGUUAUGCUCAGACCGUGCCUUACUACGUUAAGUCCUGGCCUUGGCCAACGCGUCAAUCUCAUCAGUCGCUGGUCGACCCCCUGGGCCGAUCCGCUUGGAUAGAUGAUGUAUCAGGCGCUGGCACUGAUCGUCCUCGUGGGUUGGGUAAGUGUGUAUGGCGUGCGCAUGGCGCGUGGGACUGGGACGAGAAGAGCCAAAAGCCGGUGGUCCUCAAGCCUGACUAUUUUGAGUACGACCAUCGGCCAGGAUCUGAGGGCACACGUAUUGAAUGGUAUCGCGACUGUUACUCCCCUUUCCUCCGCAGGUUUUCCGAACGUGUGUCACGCAAAUCUCCAAAGUAUUUCUCGUUAGUGGAACCGAUACCCAACGAGUUCAUGCCCCCUUGGGCCGGCGAGAGUGCUGGCAAUCGCGUCGACCAGGGGCCACGACAAGAAUACGCUGUCCAGACGGCGCUGCCUGUAAAUGAUCGUCCACGCAACCUUGUGUAUGCGCCACACUUCUACGACCUCAAUGUUCUAUUUAGCAAGUCCCACGCCUGGAUGAGCGUCAACGUGCAAGGACUUGCUAGAGGCAUGUUCGUUCUGAAUGGGCUCUAUUUCGGAUCCUCCGGCCUACGUCGGAAUUAUCGCAAACAGAUCGGUAACAUUGUCGCUUAUGGCCGUGCCUCACUUGGCAAAUUGCCAGUCGUCAUUGGCGAGAUAGGCAUCCCCUACGACAUCAAUAACGGGCAUGCGUUUCUGACGGGCGACUACGACAAGCAACGGGACCUCAUGGGAGCCCUCAUCAGCUCCAUGGAGGAUAAUUUAAUCGACGGGUUCUCCCUGUGGAAUUAUAACCCUGAUAACAGAGUUGAAUACGGCGACGGGUGGAACAGGGAGGACUUCUCAGUCAUCAAUGGUGAUGACGUUAUUACGGGUGACCAGUCAGACAGACAGACCAAAGUACGCCCGGACUACCGCAAUGCCAUUCACGAAUCUGAUGAGCUAUAUCGCGGCUGCAGGGUCCUUGAUACGGUGAUCAGGCCGUACGCGGUGAAAGUCGCGGGCGUUCCACGACGCUCGGAUUGGAACCCGCGCACGCUGCGAUAUGAGUUUGAGUGGGCCAGCCGUGAGCUGACCGAGAGAAUGCCCAACGGAAAGUGUUCAACAACAGAGAUCUACAUCCCAAGCUACCACUACAGCAAACACAAGCUCCAUAUCAAGGCCAGCCAUGGCCUGGCUUGGUCAUUUGAUGAAUCUAAGCAGACCUUGUUUAUAUCCCAGAAGGAUAUAAGCGCGUCCCUAGGCCAAAAAGUCUCGAUUGAGAUCGAUGCAGUGCAGACGCACUUGAUGCAACGGGUACGACAGCAGCGCGAAGCGUUGUCAUCACAUGGAUUGGGGACGUUGGUACCCCCUCUGCUCAUUGCGAUGUGGGAAACUGUUACUUUUACCUAUCUCGCUUUGCUAGCUAUCUCAAUCCCUGGGGUUCUUGGCGCUGUAUUAUUCUAUGAGCUGCUCAAAUGA